UAGUCAUCAUCUCGUUUCGAUAUGAAGUUCUCCGACGUUGCUGGCGAUGAGGAGAACACGGCGUCAUUCAGUGCCUUUUCACGUGAUAUCAGACGUACUUAGCUAAACUUCGCUAAUAGGAGACUCUAGAGGUUGUUUCCCUUCCUUGCCUGCUAUCAUGAGCCUUUUGGACCGUCAUCCCGUCAACUCAUCUGCAAUCAGCAGGCCCUCUGCCCAUAUACCAUCGCCUGCUCUUGCCUUUGGCACCCGAAAGCUUUCUUCCUCAAGCCAAUCCUCCUCUCAUCCGAGUCCUUCUUCGCCGCCUCCAGUGAGCACCUCCACACAAUCUUCACAGUCGCUCAAAGAAAUUCUUGCGAAAAUUGAACAGCGUGUUGCGGAGCGGUGCCAGGUUGACGACGAAUACCAAGAUUCAGAGGACCGGAUCGAAUUUUCCGUCAAAUCGGACUACAUCGAGGACGUGCUAGAUUUUCUUGACGGACUGCCUCAAUCUCGCAUCUUUCGGAUCAAUUACGAUAUUGUAUUUUCUGAAGCUCAUUUCUCCCUCAAAGUGGCAAUGCCAUGCAUUCCACAUGACUCAGCAGCUAGUAGUUGGGCCGAUAUCAAUAGAGAGCUUUUACUUGCAAACUUUCCAGGCAUGGACUAUAUUCAAAUCUUCACUUCAAGUAUGCAGACAACGUACACUGGUCAAAGUGGUGGAAAAUCAGCCGACACCAACAUAGUCCCCCUAGCCCGAUUUGCUUCAGGAGCAAGUGGCUAUCCAAGUGUUGUAGUGGAAGUCGGUUAUUCCGAAUCAUAUUGUAAACUGGCAAGAGAUGUUGAGAAAUGGUUUUCUAAGUCCCCCGAAAUUCUUACUGUAUACGCCAUCAAACUCCGCAAGAAGACAGACCCACUUUGUGGCAUCCUACAGGUUUUGACGAGGUCAAACAAAACAGGCAUCCCUGGCGUCCGGUGCCACCUCGAUUUUGACCUCGGCCUAAUCGACAACGAAGGUUACUGUGCUAGCCUGGCUGCACAGCUACGUCUGUUCACCCAUGACUACCUAAUGGACCGUUCUGCUGCCGAGGAUGCAAGAAGCUUCUACAAGAGAAAAAUCGGUGACAAACGGCCUGUGGUUGUAGACGAAAUGGACCUAGCGGGACUCACCGACAAGCGCCUCACAGUUCCGACGGAACUUAUCAAGAGGUGGCUGUGCAACCUCAAAAUGGCCAACGAGUUGAAGAGGAGCAGUAUCGAAAAUUUUGACUUAGGAACAGCAGCUGGAUAUUGCCCCCCCACAUCUGUGCAACAUGGCACAGGGUUGAGGCUCGAAGAGUUUGAUUGAUUGUGAACAACUUGCAUUUGCAGAUCACUGUCUCAGUGUCCCUACCCCACACCACCGCCUCCUGCUUCUGAAUCCAUUACUCCAAGCUCUGAAGUCCAGUUCCCGCACGCUCUCAGUCUCUUAGUAAUCCUGUCUUCCCCGAUUUCCUCCUGGCUCCCUAUUUAGACAGACCCCUCUGGUACCAGUUUUGUUGUCUCUUUCUGCUCCUGAUCCUUUGCGCCAUGUCUAUGUCAAGCUCGGGGUUGUCUGGUGUAGCGCAAGCCAACUGGAAGCUCAACGCUGUCAAUGUUCUUGUCGUUGCUGGUAUCCGGCAGCGGGAUUGGGAGUCUGUGUAUGGAUAGCUUGUUUACCAUAUUCUUCAGUAAUUGUAAUGUUGUCUUCAUCUACUCAUAAUUGUUGCAAUCCGCA